AUGCAUGUGAGUUCUAGUGCGCAUCCAGCAGGUGACGAUGGACCAAAAGGCACCUUAGGGGCACCAAACCGUCUUAUCACCCACAUGCUUUCCCUUGGUGGCAGCAACCGACCCGACAACUGCGAGCUCGAUAGAGUAAAUAACAAUAAAAAUACUCUGCAUAUCGAUGCGAAGAGAAGUGAGAAGAAAUUGUCAAAUUCAUUAAAAGCCCGAUCAAGCACCGAUAAAAAUAACGUGAUUGCUGAGGAUGGCAUUUUAAACUCACGCUCAUCUGAUUCCCCGCAGGCUGCCCGUCGCGCCAGAAGCCGAUCCCAGCCCACUCCGACCUACCAUCGUAUCGUGACCAAAGGAGACGAGGGGGAUACCGAGUUCAUUAGUUGUGCCGAGCUCAUCGCGCAGCUCAUUCAAGCACGUAAUGCGUACAAAAGUAUUGACAAGGGCCAGAAGGUGGUGCCUUUUAGUUUGAAUGAGUUUAAAAAGAUUCUUAAUCUAUCGCUACCGCCAUCGGAAGCCAACAGUAUAUCGCAGACAUUGCAAAACAGAGCAUGCCUAGUCAAUGAUAUUGAAGCCUUGCAGACCGCCCCGGGGGAGGCCGUACCGUUUUCGUUGUAUGAUACUAAAGCAGUGCCAUGCAAAUCUGAGCUGAACGGUGCUGAUAUUGAUGGGGUUUCCGAAAAGCAUCAUCACCAGACGAGUUCCCCUGCUCUUUCCAAUUCAUCAUGGUCAACUAACGCACCCUUAACAGACGGAUGCGGCAACUUCUUGGUCUUUGAGGGCGGACUCUACAGCUUCAAGGAUAUGGCAUCCUGCGUAAUUCCGUGGCAGCAAUAUAUCAACGAUAUGCGUCUCGUAUACCAGGCAAUCGAGUUCGGUCCUUGCCUCUCCACCGCCCGCACUCGUCUGACCACGCUCGCGGAAAAAACUCAGCUUUAUCUUCUUCUUAACGGAGAGUUGGAGUGCAACUAUGAUAUGUACCAGAAGGGCGGUGGUGUGUACGCGCGAUGUGCUCAUGUGGACAAUGCGGUACGCUUGAAGUGGUCUGUGACGGCUUCUGUUUUACUGAAUUCGAUCGUGCGCACCGCAAUUGAACAACCCCGCACACCCCUUAUCGUGGAUCGGGAAACUGACGAAGUAGUGUCCAUCAAAGAAUAUCUGCAGCUUGGUGGCGUGACAAACGCUCAAGAGCUCACCAUCGAGGGGCUCGGUUUGCACCCAACGCUCUACCGGAACAAGUUUAUCCCUUACGAUAUGUUCGAUGAGAGCCUCAAUCCUGCCGGCAAGUUUGGAUCCACGCUUCUACAAGCCGUGUGGUCUACCAGUGGCCCCAAUCAGGGGGAUCUCUGUGGUGCUCUGAUCCGUGCCGAGCUUGAGGAUAACGAGUACAAGACUAAACAGAUUGUUGCGACGGAGAUGCUAAUAGAACUGUAUGGCCAUCACCCAGAUGAGAUGAGGCAGCUGGCGGCGUGGAUGCGUCGGCAGGGCUUCAAUAAGUUUGCGAACAAUCGUUGGAUUCUUAACUUUUGUCGAGAAAGACCACCCACGGAGACAUCGGGUAGUCUACAGAUCACCUGCCAAACGGUCGGGGAUCAGCUUCAGAACUUUUUCCAACCCUUGAUGUUAGCGACGCUCUACCCGACAGACCCGAGGUGGGCCGAUAUCGCACAAAUGUUAGACUGUACAGGCGCUAUCAGCGUCCAGACAGGAGUCGCGCCCUGCGCUCAGGGACUGCUCGCUACCCCACGCUCUCCUGAUACCAUUCCGUACGAUGCCCCGGUGAGCGAUUACUACUUUUUUUACUACGUUUGGGCAAACGUUUCCGUGCUAAACGCCCUGCGCACUCGUGUCGGCCUGGAAACGUUGAAAUUCAAUCCGGCUGUCAACGCACUGGCUCCCAUGUUCGAUCAGCUUGUCUGCGGCUUUUUGCUCGGAGACGUUGUCUAUCACGCGUCGUCGUUGGAGAAGAGUUGGAUUAUGCAGUAUCUUUUCAUGAUCUGUCGCAUCGGGGUCGUCAUGUCGCCGUUGCGGGAUAACGCGCUCCGGGUCUCCUAUUUCGACCAUUCCUUCGUGAAAUACUUUCAUCAAGGUCUUUUAGUCUCUCUUUGCACUUUUGAGCCGCUGUACUUCCACCACCGCCAGGAGCAGCCGCUGCUGGAGGAGUACGCGACGUUGAUGAAGCUUCGCUCGUUAAGCCCGAUGGAUAUGUGCGAGCUGGCGCGGAACAGCGUUUUAAACAGCAGCUUCCCCGAGUCUACCAAGCGGCAAUGGUUGGGCACUCACCACUCCUCGCUGGGGAGUGUUGACAACGAGAUGUCGCGCACGAACGUCUGCCGCUACCGCCUGCAGUUCCGUGUGGAGAGCUUCCUGCACGAAGAGGCAUUGCUGCAGUCGAUGUUGGAUUGCGUGGCGAAGCGGAAAGGAAAGCAACCAUUCUCCAUCCGCGCGCUAAGCGAUGCGUCUGGACAUCAGGUAUUGGCCGGGGCAGCAGCCCUGCACACGCCCGAUCUCCAGCAUCUCAAUUCUUUUCUGCGCGUAAAUUACAUGGAUAAGCGCAUAGUAUAUCCCCGAAUAGAUAUUUACAGCGAUAGCGAUUCAUCUAGACGGAACCCCAAAAUCAGAGAGUCGGUCCAGAUGUUGCGUCAUUCGAUCUCACUCCGGGGGAAGUAUAACAAUUUCGCCAACCAGGUAGAAACCAGCGUCGAAGAGGUUUUCACUCGUUCCAACCAACUCGACGAAGAAAACUGGGAGUACAACAGGUACUAUGAUGUGUUUUUGCUCUCUCGUGUUGGCAAGAGCACCACGUGGCCGACCUUCAUCCCGACGGUGCAGGAGUUCAUUCAUGAUGUUGAGAGUAUCCGACGCGCCGUGAGCGCGAGAUCUCUUCAGUGCCUCGCUGUUCACCGCCUCAAUCUCCUGGAGCGCAAGUUUUUGCUGCAUCUGUCGAUGAAUAUUUUCAACGAGGCCGGUGCGAAGGAGGAAAAGUCAUGGAACAAUCGAGAUUUUUUCACUGCACACAAGGUGGACACAAACGUUCAGACGAAUGCGGGGCACAAUGCUCGAACAAUGCUGGAGUUUUUUGUGGAUAAAGCCUACAACCACGGCGACGACGUUGUCUUUGAGGAGAAUGAGGUCCCCAUUACGCUGAGACAGCUGCUUAGCCGCUACAAGAUCAGCGUCGACCAGAUCACCGUCGAUGAGUUACAGCAUCAGAUCAACACACACGAUGACCUGCAUGACAUUUUCUUAUCCCCGCACAACUUUAUGCAAGGGCGCUACUUUGCAGAGUUAACCAAAAAAACUCUCCAACUAUUUCAGGAGGAUGCCUUUACCUUUGUGGAGAGUCGCCUCAUGCUGAGUGGUGCCUCACAUGACGAGUGGCAAAACCUUGCGGCAUGGUUCGACCGCUAUGGUAUGGCAAGCUCUCUCUGUCGAUGGGUGGUUAGCAUACCUCGGCAAUAUCGCCGGCUGCGGCAAGAAGGAAAGGUCGAAAGCUUUGGGAAGUUCCUUGAUAAUAUCUUUAGGCCCCUUUGGGAGGUCAGCCUACAUCCCGCAAAGAACUCCAAAUUACACUACUUUUUAGCCUAUGUUACGGGGUUUGACUGUGUCGAGGAUGAGUCAAAGGUUGAUUUGCCGCUGACUAGCGUCUAUCCAUACCACUGGCGCAGUGAUCUGAACCCGCCGUAUAACUUUUAUCUAUACUAUCUGUGGGCGAACAUCACGUCGCUGAACGAGUUCCGUGCAUCGCGCGGACUGGGCACAUUUACCUUCCGCCCUCAAUGCGGUGAGCAAGGCAGCAUGGAGCACCUUAUUGGUGGCUUUUUGCUUGCGAACGGGAUCAAUCAUGGCGUAACCCUAGCCAAACAUCCCGUGCUGGAGUAUAUGUAUUAUCUAAGCCAGCUGGGUAUCGCCAUGUCACCACUCAGUAACACCGCCAACGUGUGUGGCUAUCUCGAAAACCCUUUUCCCACUUACUUCCAUCGCGGGUUGAAUGUAAGCUUGGCAACAAAUAAGCCCCUUUAUUUUCAUUUCACGCGAGAGCCUCUGAUGGAGGAGUACUUUAUAGCCGCGAAACUUUGGCGGCUAGAGUAUAAUGAUCUCUCAGAGAUUGCACGGAACAGUGUGUUACAGUGCGGUUUUCCUACAGCAUGGAAAGUGAAAGCCUUGGGGCCACUCUAUCAACUUCGCUCUACGCUGGGUAAUGAUGUUCGCAAGAGUCGCGUCUCGGAUAUCCGUGUCGCCUUUCGCUAUGAGACUUAUCACUCCGAGUUAAACUUCCUGGAUGAGCAGCUGUCCUAUUUGCAGCGCAUGCCGCGUGCUAUGAACCCAUUAGAAAAGGAAGUCGUUUUCUACAAGGCAGUUCAGGGCCAAAAAUCAGAGAGCGAUGAUGCGCCUGAGCAAGUGAAACCUAGUGAUGACACCAAGACUCCCUUGCCACAACCAAGCCUAGAUGUUCCAAUGCAUUUGAAUGAACCUACAACGGACAUCAAUAACUCCUUAAAAAAUAAGAAUGACAAGGAUGGUAGAAGAAUAUCAUUUAGCAUGCCAAGCGUCUCGAGCUCGGAUUCAUCAUCAUCUCCGAAGCAUUUGGCCAAGUAUACGGAGGCUUUGAAGGCUGAUAUCGCGGCUUUGGAUAAGGAACUGAAGCAUCUAUACUACCUCUCUGUGCAUCUCAACGAGAAGAACAGUGCUGUAGCAUCUGAGGUUGUCAAAAUACGAGCUCAGCUAAAGGCGGAUCCAUUAGUUAUUAUGGGUGGCCUCGCACAUGACGACCGUGACGGCGGACAGUCUGACGACGAACAACCUGACGAUGGACAACCUGACAACGAACAACCUGACGAAUCUGAAGAUAGUAGGGUCAAUUGA